UUGAACGCAGUCGGCCGCUCGCCGUCGUCGUGAUCACAUCACGCGGUGACGUCUCAUUUACUAGUGUUAUCGAUUAAGACAUGUCAAUCAAUUAAUGUGAAGACUUUUAUCGUGGCCAAGUGUUUUGAACUGAAGUGAGAAUGGCGUUCGAAGACCGCUGCAGCCCUAACCAGGCGAACAGUCCUGGCCCGAUCUCCGGAAGAGUGCCGGGACCACAUGGAGAUAAUCGAAACUACAGCCCACCAAGUCAGUAUACCUGUACAACCAUAGACCAGAGAUUUGAAAGGAGUUCGCCGAAUAUGACUAUAGUUAAAGUACAGCCUAAUUCACCACCGCCGAGUCCCGAACAGAAUGCAAAUGAAAUGGAUUAUCAGAACUAUUACAGACCAGAAACACCUGAUGUAAAACCACAAAUAGACGAAAGAUUUGACGCAGAUAAGUUAAGGAACCAACGAGCAGCGCCGACGGCACAAAUAGGUUUUUCAAUUAGCAACAUCCUACACCCAGAAUUCGGUCUGAAUGCAAUAAGAAAAACAAACAAAAUCGAAGGACCUAAACCCGUCGGCCCUAACCACAGCAUAUUGUACAAACCGUACGAUUUAUCGAAACAGCAAAACGAAUAUCAGAAAUAUAGUUUCGAUUAUUUGAAAUCGAAAGAGCCUAGUGAUUUUAGUCGAUUGCCGCCUCUAGGUGGAUUGAGACAGACAGUUUCUCAAAUUGGUGAACAAAAAGAAAAGGAAGUUCCGAAGAUUGUGGAGGCACAGAAAAGACCUGACUCAGCCAGUUCUAUGGUGUCCUCGACGUCCAGUGGGGCUCCUUCGACGUGUGGGAGCACAGAUACUAAUAGCCAAAUGUCCCAAGGGAAUGCGAAUCUGUGGCCGGCUUGGGUCUACUGUACGAGAUAUAGCGACAGGCCUAGUUCUGGUCCCAGAAGUAGAAGAAUGAAGAAGAAGAUGUCCACAGAAGAGAAGAGACCCAGGACUGCUUUCAGCGCAGCCCAGCUUGCUAGAUUAAAGCACGAGUUUACCGAAAACCGUUACCUGACGGAGCGGCGGCGGCAGGCGCUGGCGGCGGAGCUGGGGCUGGCGGAGGCGCAGAUCAAGAUCUGGUUCCAAAACAAGCGGGCCAAGAUCAAGAAGGCCUCGGGCCAGAGGAACCCGCUGGCACUGCAGCUGAUGGCACAGGGACUGUACAAUCAUAGCACCGCGACUGAAAGCGACGAGGAAGAAGAGAUUAAUGUUAUGUAGAAGAAGAAAGCGAUGCUCUAUUUUCAUCUGGAACACAUAAAUUUACAGUAGAUCCUAAAUACGUGCGUACGCACGAUGCAUUGAUGAAUACCUGCCUCUUCGAUGUAGUGGUGGAGUUUUAUAUAUUUAUCUGCCUCUGUGAAACAGUGGUAGACUUGAAGAUACUUAUCCUGCUUCCUCAAUCCAGUGAAAUUAUUUUAAGAUUCUAAAAUGCACCAGUUCAUCAGUUACUUUAUUACUCUGAGGUCCUAAAAAGCUUCUAGAAAGAGAGGUCUGAUAAUGAAGAGAGAUGUGUAGCAUAGUCAUUGCGAGUGUUGAAGAUAUUUUUUUGAAAGGUAAAAGGCUGGAAUGAAUAAAUAGUGUAUGAAGGGAAAAAAAUAUAAGAAACCCUUAAGAGAAUCUAGAAUUAAUGACGAAUCUCUGUAAUUAUAAUUGUAGAAAGAGAACGCUGUAGCUAUAUGAACUGAUAGAAAUAUAUGGUUAUUCGUUUCGGGUAUUGACGGGAAAUUGGUAGAGGCUUUGUUUAAAGAAAGUAGACUUAGGGAAAGAUGGGUAAUUACCAAGAUAGGAUAUGAAGUUUCACUAUUUUUGUGUAAAAGAAGAAAUGUCAUUAUUACUUUUUUUUUUAAAUGUAGAAAUAGGGAAUAUUACGCGAAGAUCGACGCACGGCGGAACUCCACGGUCCACAGUCAAUAUCAUUCAUAUGCUUGGAACGACUGUCACUGUCAAUGUCAAAGUACGCUUUAUUAUAGCGCUGCCCUCUAGCAUAAUAACUUCGCGGCAAGGCUUGUUGACGUUACCAAAUUCAAAUCGUUAAUUAACGUUAUUUCCCUAAUGUUAAAACCGGUACCGGUUGUUAUAAUCGAUAAUACUAUUAAAAAACGUAACAAUAACAUUAUCAAUUAACGUUAAAAGUAUGUUAAAAGUAUCGUUACUUAUUUCGAUUUGGUUAUAUUGAGAUGCAAGAUUCUACCCCAACAAACAUACACAAGUACAUUGGAAGUUUAAUAAAAGACUAUAAAUUUAACUAUUAACCAAUUUUGCUUUGUAAUAAUUCGCUAUACUCUGCCUGUGUAUCAUUCUGGCUCGAGAAUAAAGCGAGGUGAGCAAGAUCUUCAAAAAGAAAAACAAA